AUGGCUCUCUUCCUCGCGGGCGCCAUCCUGUGGGCCCUGGUUUGGCUCUUAUACCGCGCAUGGCAAGUUUGUCAAACUCCAAACGAAAUCCUUGUCAACAAACUCGGUUUGGAUAUUCCUCCCUCGCCCGAGGUUACCCUAGAGGAAAUCUCGGCGCGGGAAAUAUACAUCGCCUGGAAACAUCCCGACUUUCACCAUUCAGUCAGUAAACAUAUCAUUCAGGUCAAUAAUGCAAAAGUGGGCGAGACCAAGCGAGCGGAGACUGCAGUCAUAAUUGGAAAUCUGAUUCCCGGUCAUAUAUAUCACAUAUGCGUUUUCGCCGUGAGCGCCGCCAAUUUUCAAACCGCUGGCGCCGUCCUUCAUGUUCGUACGAAGCCUUUACCUUUAUCGCAGACUCAGCAGGAUGGAAACGUUGAAGGUCCCACGAUUCAUGCAUCGGUACCACGCUCGACACUUGCGCUUUCCGCCCCAUCAGCCCCGAUUAUGGCGAGAGAACAUAGUUCCAGUUAUUCUCAGAGCAAGCGUACUGGAGGGAAGAAAUCAUCAACAACAACCUUGCUUGAUGAGGACUCUCAUCGAGCCUCCGCCAGCGAUGAUCACAGCGGAACCCUAGAACGUCUUGCCGAGCGUCUGAAAAGUCUUCAGCAGGAACAUGAAAAUAUGGAUAAACAGCUUGCCGAGGAAGAUGACGAACACAAUGCGAUUCUAAAGGAGCUGGAGAAACAACGCGACGAACUCAAACAACGCGUGAAAGAGAAAGAUGAGGCCAGCGGUGACCUAAAAAAACACGUCAACAAGUUAGAAAGCGUCAAUCGUACCGUUCAAAGUGAAAAGUCUAAACGAGAAAGGUUACUCCAGCAAAAGGAGGCGGAGCGAAAAAAGCGAAAGGACGAUAUGGUUCGUUGGCAGGAGCAAAUUGCGCAGAUCAACAAGGACUUAGCACGGGCGCAAGAGGAGAAAGAAAAAAUUGAGCAGGAUGCUACGAAACAGGCCAACGAAAUGCGAGAGAAGAUUGCCGCUGAACAAACCAUUAUGAAGGACAUUGACGAUGAAAUUCAAGAGAAGGGCGGCCGCAUCAAGAAGCUGGAAGAUGAGAGGCAGAGACUCGAGGGAGGCGACAAUGAAGAUGGCAAGGAACUCGACCGUAUUGAUAUUGAAAAGGCUCGCCAGUGGGAGAACCGUCUCAACCAUCUCCACACCAGAUACGCUACACUUGUCAAUCUCCACGUACAAGCCCAGCAGCAAUAUCAAGAGGCUCAGGAACGUCUGAAGUGGUUGACUGACCAAAGGGUCAAUGGUACAGGUCCUUUUGCGGCAUUGCAGACGCUCGACCUUGACAUGUCCCAGUCUUCUAUGCACAGGUCUCGACACCGUGGUUCGUUGACGAGCAACGUUUCUUCGCCCAUACCAUUUCCGCAAGUGGAAACUGCAUUCUCGCGAAGCACAACCUACAACCCAGCGAGCAACUCUCCCACUUUUCCUCCCACUACUACUUUUUUCAAUAUCAACAAUGGGAUGACAUUAGCCGGCCUUGCGGAUAGAGGCGAGGCUCUUCCCACAGAAUCCGACACAUCGUUGCCUCCCAUGAGUCCUCGUGCUGAUGCGCUAUUGCCAUCUGAUCUACUCGGCGAUGAGGAAUCUCCUGAGCUACCCGAACGCAUUGUUGAACCAACUAUUCCCGAUGAUGAUGGAGUAGCGGGUCCUUCUCUCGAUCAGCAACCUCGGUCACCUUCUCCAGUUCCGUCAGAUUCUAUGUCUUCUAGAUUCUUUGCAAGUCCUCAUGAUAGCUUGAGAGAUCUCGACCUAACUAUCCCGACGAGCGAGAGAAUGUCACCGGGCGAUGCGUCUAACGUACAAUCUGCGUCUCGCCGACUUUCUGGAUUGUUCAACUUUCAUAGGCAACGCGGGAAGACCAUGGUUGACGGCCCAAUGCUCGGAAGUCUAAAGCCUGGACAAAGUCGUUCGUUUCCACGGAACUAUGAUGAAAUUGACCCGAUCGGGGCACGUCGUCGUCGUCUCACCCAUGCUACUAACUGGGCAAACCCAAUGUCUUACUUCCCUCGAAGCAGUGCCACUCAUGUUACGGCUGAUAGCUCCUCGGACCAUACUCCAUCCAAGAGAGGCGCAUUCGCCAAUAUCUUUUCUGCAGGAAAGAACAGCUCCACCGAUGUGAUCAAGGUGGAUCAAGGAUAUAACCAAUUCAGCCCAAGGCACGACCCUAUCGAUCCUUCGUCUAUCCUAGGUCCUAUUCGACGAAGCUCUUUGUCACCUCGGCCGUCAUCUACAUUCUCCUUUGACAAACAACUUCCACAUCCUUCAACUGAGCCGUUCGGUUGGCCAUCUAGUGAUCACAACAGAGGCUCUCUGGCGACUUUUGAUUGGGCGUCUCCCUCGACGUGGUCGCGUGCUCCGUCUCGACGGCCAUCGAUCCAGUAUGGUUCCUCUAGCCAUCUACCUCUUGGAAUGUCUCCUGGAGAACCGGACUUUUUGCAAACGCCACACGACAAGCAUCGACCGCUUCAGGCUCCAAUUGGUACCAGGCCUUCCUCGUCUCAUCGGCCCGGAACUCCGAAGCUGAACCCUGCUGCGCCGACUUUCAAGACUUUGUUCAAGAAAUCCGAAAAAGACAAGGGGGGCUUUGUGUACAGGGAAUUUGCGUCGAGGUCAGAGGAAUUCGACUUUCGUCCAGAAGAUGAAUCGCCUCCUACAUCUAGCCGUUCCAAGGACUCACACACUCUUUCUGGCGCUGCUGAAUCUUUAGAGUCACUGGACCUGGUCCCGUCUAGCAGUCCUUCUGAUACCUUUGGAACGAAGGAGUCUUUCAUUCAGAAGAUAACUCGCAAAGGUAGCUCCAGCAAGUUCAAUCUAUCAUGGAAGGACCGUGGGGGCAUAUUCUCCAAGAAAUAUGAAUCUUCUCAGGGCGAUGCUGAGGAGGAGGAUGAAGCGCAACUAGGCAAGAGUGUGGAGAGUGUCAUCUCCAAUACCCCGUCUGCAGAUAAGUCAAGUAUUCGAAGCAGUCGAGGCUUUUUCAGCAGGAAACCCAAGAAGGACAAGCAGUCCGUAGAGGCCAGCGAGAAAGCGAGCGAGACGGGGGAUGAAGAGAUAGUCGAGGAGUAA